AUGGCGGAAAUUAGUGUGGUAUCUUUAAAUGUUAAUGGGCUUAGAGACCAUCGGAAACGUCGUCUGCUGUUUGAUUUUUUAAAGUAUGAAAAAUUUGAUGUAAUAUUUCUUCAAGAAACGCAUAUUGCAACCGUUGACGAUUGUGUAAAAUGGAACAAGGCGUCGGGUCUGAAAGGGUAUUGGAGUCUUGGCUUGUCAAAUAGUUGUGGUGUUGGUAUAUUACUCCGUGAUCCCGACAGAUUCCAACACUGUACUUUUCGUUGUGAUGCUGCUGGACGUAUCAUUUCUUUGGACUGUACAUUCAAUAGUCAGGACUUGAGGUUUAUUAAUAUAUAUGCCCCUACUGACGGGUCCAAGCGCAUAGAAUUUUUUCAAAGUCUCGAUAAACAUUUUGUCUCUCGUAGACGGUUAAUUAUUGGAGGUGAUUUUAAUUGCAUGUUAGAUUUGGCGAACGAUAAAUAUGGCGGAAAUCCUGUCUCAGGAGAUACUGGUGCUUUAUAUCUCAAGAAACUAAUACAGAGAUUUGAUUUAGUUGACGUUUGGCGUAAACAGCAUCCAACUGAUCGUCAAUUUACGUGGCAAACUAAACGUGGUAACAUUAAAUGUCGUUUGGACAGAUUUUAUUUUUCUUCAUCGCUUGUAAGGGAUUAUGACAUCGAAACAGACAUAAUGAUCUAUCCCUAUUUGGAUCAUGAUCUUGUUCGGGUAUUGUUAACAGUUGACAAAGCUACUAGUAAUGUUGGUCCCGGUGUGUGGAAGCUAAAUGUCUCAUUAUUACAAGUGCAAGAAGUUCGUGAGCAAAUUGCUUCAUUUUGGGAACAUUGGAAAGACAGGAAAAAUGAUUUUGGUAAUGUAGCAGAAUGGUGGGAUUAUGGCAAGUUACGAGUUAAAUCUCUUUUUCUCAAAUAUAGUCACAAAGCAUCUCGAAAGCGCAAGCAAGAACGUGCGACCGUACUUAAUCGCUAUCGUCGUAUUGUGUGUAAAACCAAUUUAUCGGAGGACGAAGUUAAAGAACUCGACUUAGUUAAGUCCCAAUUGGAAACUAUGGAUUUAAAACGUAUUCAAGGAAACAAGAUUCGAAGUGGAGCAAAAUGGCUUGAAUCAAACGAACAGCCAUCACGCUUUUUCUUCCAAAAGGAGAAAAGAAGAGCGGUUAAGAAAACGUGUCCUGCUCUGCGCACGAGUGAUGGGCGGAGAUUGACUGAGCAAGAUGAUAUCUCAAAGGAACAAGUUAGUUUUAUAAAGAACUUUAUUCAGAAAUGCCGACAGAUAAAGUUGCCCAAGAUCGGUUACUCAAUUUACUGGACAGAAAACUAACAAAUGAGCAACGCGAUUCAUGCGAGGGUCAGUUAACGGUGGAUGAAUGUUUGGUAGCAGUAAAGUCUAUGGCAAAUGGCAAAACCCCUGGUUCCGACGGUCUACCGAAAGAAUUUUAUUUGUCCUUUUGGGACCUGCUUAAAGAAGACUUUGUUGAAAUGGCAAAUUAUUGUUUUUCAGUUGAACUGAUGCCUGAGUCUAUGCGCCAAGCAUUAAUAUCACUGUUGUUUAAGAAAAAAGAUCCUGAAUUAUUGAAAAACUGGCGCCCAAUUUCGCUCCUCAAUACAGAUUACAAGAUUAUUACAAAAGUUCUGGUAAAUCGUGUUAAACCUGUUAUGCCCAUAAUAAUACACCCGGAUCAAUGCUGUUCUGUCCCUGGUCGUUUGAGUGAAGACAAUGCGACUCUCCUACGAGACGUAUGUGACUAUCUGGAAGUUAAUGAAAGAAUGGCCUGUGCCUUUAUAUCGAUAGAUCAAGAAAAAGCGUUUGAUUAUGUUGACUGGGGCUUUUUAGACAGAAUUUUAGAUACCAUGAACUUUGGUCCACAAUUUCGAUCAUACAUUAAAUGUAUUUAUCAUGAUGUUCAGAGUGCUAUAAUCUCCAAUGGUUAUGUUUCAGAAUUUUUUCAAGUGCAACGAGGUGUACGACAAGGGUGCCCGCUAUCUCCAUUGUUGUUUGUCAUAGUGGCGGAAGUGUUUGGACAAGCGAUUCGGAAGUGCCCAGAAAUACAGGGAUUGCGUGUGCCUGGAGGAAAGGAAGUGAAAAUAUCACAAUAUGCUGAUGAUAACACCUGCAUUGUUACCAAUUCAUAUGGCCUUGUUAAAGUCAUCGAUGUCUUUAAUGAAUAUGGUGGAGCAUCCGGAGCGAGGCUUAAUACAACGAAAUCAAAGGGUCUUUGGCUCGGUAGGUGGCGAUCUCGUACUGAUUCACCCUGUGGUCUAACGUGGGUUAACACGAGCUUAAAAAUUGUUGGUAUUUACUUUGGUUCCGAAAAUGCAAAUAUCCAGUCAUGGGCAGAGGUUACGGCCAAAUUCAAGGGAAUAUUGAAGAAAUGGGAACCACGGUAUCUAACGUUACGGGGGAAAAUGACGGUGAUCGGGAGUCUGGUGGCUUCGACGCUUUGGCAUGUGGUAAAGAUAUACCCGCUAACGCGUGAAUGUAUUGACUCGCUACAAUCAGAAAUUUGGAAAUUCGUUUGGUCAAAGAAACCGGAGUGGGUGCGUCGGGAAACGUGUAUGUCAGACUAUCUGAAUGGGGGUCUGCGAAUUAUUAAUCUUGACAUCAAAAGCAAAACAUUGUUGAUUGGUCGUGUUUUCCGAUUUUUGAGGAGAGUGAGGCACCUUGGAAAGAUUUCAUGCGUUAUUAUAUCGGACGGUCUUUAGGCAUAAACGAUAACUCGAGACCAAAUAGCGACAUUCCAACUCCGUUUUAUAGUCAUCUUCUUCGUGUUCUGAGAGAAUUUGCUGUUGAUUUGGGACAACCUAGCACGAGUAAAAUGUAUUAUUUAAAACGUAUUGAAGAUUGUGUUACCCCGGUACAAGCAAGAAGCAAGUUAGCUUGGAAUCAAAGAUUUGGUCCUGGUUUAAUCUGGAAAGAGAUUUGGACAGAUGUCCCUCGAAGUUUCAAUGAUCCAGUGUUACGUGAUUUUGAUUGGCGCGCGGUACAUCGGGUUUUGCCUGUCAAUUUCAGAGUGCAUAAAUGGUAUUCAAGAAUAUCCUCAGCAUGUGCACGGUGUGGUGAAAGAAUCGAAACAUUGGAACACACGUUGAUUCAUUGUCCGAUGGUAAAGGAGCUGUGGAUGUUUAUUCUGAAACUGUGCAAUCAAAUUAAUGCAUCGGUUAUUGGUCUGUCAGAACAGAAUAUGUUGUUGGGUUGUUUCCCGCGAACAAGAACAAGAGACCUUUUGCGUUACUUAAUUAGUGUUGGCAAAUUUUCCGCGUGGAAAGAGCGCGUGUCAUAUCAGUUUAGGAAGGAUGAGAAAAUCAACAGUCUUGUAUAUUUUAGGAAUUAUGUGCGAACUCGAUUAGAAACAGAACAGGGCAUCAUGGGCACGAAAAACUUUGAGUCAAAAUGGUGUUUAAAUUAA